GGGGCUGGCCGCGCGGGGCCCCGCGGGACGGCCUGACCGGCGGCUGAGGGCCCUCCGCACUGUCCUCGGCUACCAACCGGGCCCCGCGGACGCCAGCGGACGGCGCGCAGGCAGCGCGCCGGGCAGCCCUCGACCCGUGGCUAUGGCGGCGGCGCGGUGGGCGCGGGGGCCGCUGCGACUCCUGUUCGCGAUGCUGCGGGGCCGGGCGGUAGGCUUCUCGGCCAAGGCUGCAGAUGUUCACUGUUUGACUGCAGAGGAGAGGAACCAAGUUAUACAUGACCUUAAAGCAGCAGGAUGGUCAGAAUUAAAUGAGAGAGAUGCCAUCUACAAAGAGUUCUCCUUCAAAAAUUUUAAUCAGUUCCAUCUCAUGCAGGCAUUUGGCUUUAUGUCCCGAGUUGCCCUGCAAGCCGAGAAGAUGAAUCACCACCCGGAAUGGUUCAAUGUGUAUAACAAGGUGCAGAUAACCCUAACCUCGCAUGACUAUGGUGGACUGACCAAGAGAGAUGUGAAACUGGCCAAGUUUAUUGAAAAAGCAGCUGCUUCUGUGUGAUUUCUUCCAAAAUGCAUGUCAAACCCUGUACACAUCUUAGUUGUCAUACAGGGAGUUGAAGAAGAGGACAAGUGUCUUAUCCAUGGCUUCUGGCAACAUGGGGCGGUAUAAGGACUCACUGUCACAGUGACCAACUUGCCAGGUCAUUAUUUGACUUAUUGAGUGAAGGAGGAACCAAGGUCAUUUUUAAAAAUCAUUUGCCAUUUGUGACUCCUGAACUGAGGGUCUGUAGCCACUGAGUUAGAAGUUACUGAGCUUUUAUCUAAUGAUAAGCUCUAUUUGUUUUGUGUGUCACUGACAGGAGUAAAAUGGAAUAUAAAGUAAUCUAUUAUUUAAAAAUUGCAAUAAUAGUGUUCUGUGAAGGAACUCAGGAAUGUACCUAUUAAUCAGAUUAGAAUGUAGAUUAAAAUAAUUUAUAUAUAGGGGCGCCUAAUCAUCCAACUGUUGGUUUUUGGCUCAGCUCAUGGUCUCGGUUUGUGAGUUUGAGCCCUGCACUGGGGAUUCUCUCCCCACCCCCCAAAAUAAAUAAAUAAGCUUAAAAAUUAUAUAUAUAUAAUACAUAUAUAUAAAAUUUAUUAUACAUAUAUAAUUUAAUAUAUAAUUGUAUAUUAUAAUAUGUAUAAUUUUUUAUAUAUAAAAAAGAACAUAUAUAUCUAUAUAUAUGCCUAUAAAUAUCUGUCAUUUGAAUAUAUAUAUAUCUGUCCAAGGAACAUGUGUUCAUCCCUUGAAGCAUUAUGGUAGUAGGAUUUAACAGGGAUAAUCUUUGUAAUCCACCUCAUUUCAAAGACCAGAGAAAUCAGUAUGCUACGAUAAGCAAACCUUCCCCUCCUCACCCAACCCUGGCCCCAGUCAGAGAAACCACAUAAGAACAGGACAAGGAGGCUGAGCUCUGGAAAGCCAGUUUUUGGCUAGGUCUCUUGGCCUGGGUGAGACAGGUAUUGUCAGUUCGCCCUGUGGAUAUGGAGUGUGCGGGGAAGGAAGAGAGAUAAGGGCCACCCAGGUUCUGUGGCUGCUGAGAGAUUCUGCUUCUUAGAAUUUUUUUUAGAGGAAAAGGCAAAGCUGUUGGUUUUUUUAGAUUUUAUUUUUUAAGUUAUCUUUACACCCAACAUUGGGCUCAAACUCACAACCUCAGAUUAAGAGUCACGUGCUCUACCGACUGAGUCAGCAGGGUGCCCUAAAGCUAUGUUUUUUGUAAAGUCUUUCCUAUGUUGUAGAUUGAGGAACUUUUACACAUUUUAUUACCAAAGAUUUUUAGCUCAGUGCUUCAGUUUUUUCACAUGAAUUUUUAAACAUGAAAAAAUUUAAGCAUAUUUAAAAAUAAAGUGAAUCGUACAUUGAACCCUUAUGUACUCAGAUUUAACAAUUACCAAGAAUUUACAUCAGUUACUUCAUAGAAUUCUCCAUUUCUCUCCUCUUUGCUAAAAAGCUUUAAAAUAGCUUAAAAACUAGGGAUGCCUAGGUGGCUCAGUCAGUUGAACAUCCGACUUCAGUUCAGGUCAUGAUCUCUUGGUUCAUGAGUUUGAGCCCCGCGUCAGGCCCUGUGCUGACAGCUUGGACCCUGGAGCCUGCUUCGGAUUCUGUCUUCCUCUCUCUCUGCCCUUUCUCUGUUCACACUCUGUCUCUCUCUCUCUCAAAAAUAAAUAAA